GGAUGAAAUUAAAGUCUCCGACGCUCGGUCCCUCUCAGACAGGUGGAAGUUGCGGCUCGGUUGCUACGCGAUGGAUCGCGCCGGGGCACAGGAGAUGGCCUGCGAGGUCCUGGCCGAGGGGAGGCCCCUGGUCUUCUAUGACAGCGUCCCCCCGGGCGUCCAUCUCCUGGCCCCCGGCUUCGAGGCCUACCGCGGGAUCCUGACCGAACUGGCGCAGGAACGGGACAGGGUGACGGCCUCGCUCAGGAAGGCCUUGGCCAUCGGGGCGGCCAUGACCAACCAUUCCAGGGGCCCGAUCGAGGUGGGGGAGGUUUUCCUGUACCCGCAGAGCACGGUGGAGUGGGGCGUACCAAAUGUUCUGGCCUGCCUGGUGACCGGCCUGUUCCCUCCCUCCGUCAGCGUCAGCCUGCAUUUGGACGGCGCCCGGCUCGGCUCCCACCUCAACUCCUCGAAGGCCUUCUUCGGUGAAGACUGGCGGUUCUGGGCGCUCUGGUACGCCCGCAUCCUGCCGCGCCCCGGGCACCUCUACUCGUGCGCCGUGAGGCACAACAUGAGCCAAGAGGACUCGGUGGUCUACUGGGAACCGGAAACCACAGAUGUCUGGGAAGAAUCCGUCCAGGAUUCAGCUCAACUGGCCGUGUUAGCCUGUGGGCUAUUGGUCGGGAUACUGGGAGUGAUAGCUGGGAUCAUCCUGUGCGUCUGGAAGCCGGUGGUGGUUAGCUGGAGGGAGUUAACCUGCAUCUCUUCCUGCCGACAUCGCUCAGAUUCGGGCUGAAGAGGGUCUGGGUGGCCUAGACCUCUGCAGAGGGUAUGUCUCCCAGCCAGCCCCGCACCCCCAACCCUCCCCCACCUCACCCACUCACUCUCCCACCCCCACUCCCCCUCGCUCCCCUACCCUGCAACCCCCUCUCCCAGGGUCAUGAACGCUGGGUCUGAUGGAGUGUCACUCUCUGUCCUCAGUUAUGGUUGUGGAUAUGGACAGGGUUAGAGUAGGGGUCAGGAUUAGGGUCAGGGUUAGGGUCAAGGGUCAGGGUUAGCGUUCGGGUCAGGGUGAGGAUGAAGGUUACAGUCAUGGUUAGGGUUAAAGUAGGGGUCAGGGUUAGGGUUAGGAUCAGGAUUGAAGUAGGGGUCAGGGUUAGAGUUAAAGUCAGGGUCAGGGUUAGGGUCAGGAUCAGGAUUAGGUUUAGGGUUAAAGUAG